AUGCCCGCUGCGCACUUGCUCGCCCACUCGAUACCACAGUACGUGGCAGCGCUAUCGGUCGUUCUGACCCGCUGCUGGGCUCGCUCCCAGCGUGGCCGACCAUACGGCUCGUUCGGGUCCGACGACCGGGUGAUGAUCAGCGCGCUGGUGUUUGCAACGUUUUGUUUCGUGUUCUACAUGCUCCAGAUCGGGCUGGGGCUGGGGAGUCGCGUCGAGCUACUCGAAGCCAACGCGGCUAUGUAUCGUCAGCUGCUCAUGUUUCGCUUUUUCCACCAGGUGUCGGUGGUAGUUGCACUCGGAUUGGUGAAAGUGUCGAUAUGCCUCUUUCUCCAGCGCCUGGUAGUGACGAACAAAUCGUACACUCGGGCUCUCUGGCUUGCUAUUGUGCUCAUGGUUGUCUUGACCCUCGUCAGCGUGGGGACGAUAUGCGUCCCCGUCACAGCGGCAUGGGACUACAGGUUGCGUCCGCCGCCGUUCGGAGCGGGCAACGCAAAGUGCUUCAGCCUUAGCACUUUCACUAUCAUCGGGCUCGGAAACGGGAUCUUUCACAUCGUCACAGAUAUCCUGCUCGCCCUCCUGCCGAUCCCAAUCGUCAUCAAGCUCAAGGUCACAAUCCGUAUUCGUAUCUCACUGGUUCUAAUCCUCUCCUUCGGCGCAUUCGCGGCCAUUGCCGGCAUAGUGAGACAGAUCAAGGCCAGUCCGCUUGAUGAGCAUGACGCUUAUUCGAUUUGGAACUUCCUCGAACUGCACAUGGGCAUGAUCGCAGCCUCACUGCCAUCUCUCAAAAAGCCGCUUGCAGCCAUCUGGGGCACGAUCGCUGCGAGGCCUCAGGUACCUACUGGCGCAGCGAGAAUGUCAAGCUUUGGAAAUCUCACUAGCAGAAUUUGGCCGGAGUGGGAGGCUGUCAUCGUGCAUGGUUCACCGACUGGAAGCGGGCAGGAGCUGGUAGAGUCCGAACAACGCUGUAGCCAGGCGGAGUCAGAGGAUGCUGUCGACCAAGGCAAGGAUAAUAACGCUUGUCUCAUCAAGACCUGGGGCGCGGGCGUACGGCGAUGA